UGUCUGCUUCCCCGCUUGUCUGUCAGUGUGUGUGAAGGUUUCCAGCCCUCCUCUCCCUCAUUAUCCUCUCAUACAACACAGCAGACCUUCUCCUCUUUUUUUGUCCACCCGCUCCUCCUCCUCCUCCCGCUGCCACACUCUUCUUCUUCUUCUCUUUGCGACGGCUCCCGGGACUGCCGACAGCCAGGCCGCGGUCACUUCAGCGUGUAUCCGAUCACAGAGCAAGAGAGAGAGAGAGAGAGAGAGAGAGAGAGAGAGAGUGGAUGUGAAAGUGUGUGUGUGUGUGCGUGUGUGUGUGACAGAGAGAGAGAGAGAAAGUGAGUGAGUGAGUGCGUGUGCGCGCACCCGCCCGCAACCGGUCCAUCCGUGUUAUUUUCCCCCACUAUCCCGCCUCGUUUUUCGGCCAUGACGCUGGAAGCGAUCCGCUACCGGGCCGGGUCUCUGCAGAUCCUCAACCAGCUGCUGCUGCCACACCAGACCGCUUACGAUGAGAUCCGCUCGGUGCAGGACGCUUACGAGGCCAUCAAGUCCAUGAAGGUGCGUGGCGCCCCGGCCAUCGCCAUUGUCGGCUGCCUCAGCCUGGCUGUGGAGCUGCGGGCAGGCGCUGGUGGUGAUGACCCUGUGACCUUCAUCAGGGAGUCUCUGUGUCACCUGACCUCAGCCAGGCCCACCGCUGUCAACAUGGGGCGCGCCGCCCGCGAGCUGAUGGAGUUUGCCGAGAACGAGAGCAUGGAGAAGAACUCGGAGCAGCUCAGAGAAAGUGUAAUUGCCUGGAUCGAAGACAUGCUGGAGCGUGACGUCAAUGACAACAGGAAGAUUGGUAACUAUGGCGCUCAGCACAUCCUGUCUGGCGUCCCGAGGGACUCCGUGACCAUCCUCACACACUGCAACACCGGCUCGCUGGCCACAGCUGGAUACGGGACUGCACUGGGCGUGGUGCGAAGCCUGCAUGCGCUGGGCAGGCUGAAGCGUGUCUACUGCACAGAGACGAGACCGUACAACCAGGGUUCCAGGCUGACGGCGUAUGAGGCGGUAGCAGAGGGAAUCCCCGCUACACUAAUUACAGACAGCAUGGCAGCCCUCACCAUGAGAGAAAUGGACAUCACAGCCGUGGUGGUGGGUGCAGACAGGGUGGUUGCCAACGGUGACACGGCCAACAAGGUGGGCACGUACCAACUGGCUAUCGCCGCUAAGCACCAUGGGAUUCCCUUCUAUGUGGCCGCACCCAGCACGUCAUGUGACUUGAGCCUGGAGAGUGGAAGGGAUAUCAUCAUUGAAGUCCGCCCCCCUGAGGAGCUCACCAGUAUAAACGGAGUCCCCAUUGCUGCCCCGGGUAUCGAGGUGUGGAACCCGGCGUUCGACGUGACCCCUCACCAGCUCAUCACAGGAGGCAUCAUCACAGAGCUGGGAGUCUUCCUCCCCUCUGAGCUCCAGGCAGCUCUUACCGGUCGCCUCACUGCCCUCUAGAGCGACUCAGCCCCUCCUGCUGGUCUGUGUGCACCACUGCACCUUAACAUCAGACACUCAUCAUCUCACCACAGAACACAAACACACACACACACACUCACAUGCACAGUCAUGGCUUUUAAUUUUAUUUUGAUAAACGCACAGUCACAGUUUCAUGUCAGUGGUGCACACAGAAGAAAAAAAUGUUCUUCAGUCUCUUUCUCACUCACACACAAACGCACACAAAUUCACUGCAGGGAGUCAAGCAGACACACAUGUGCGGUCUCCCCUUUCUUUUAUGUCUGUUUUUUUUUUUUGUAGCCUCUCCAUUUCACCUUUUACCACAUUUUCCAUCCUGUCCUUCAUUCUCUCUUUCCUCCUCUUUGUCCUUCUAAUGGCUUCUGCGACAACAAAUAAGCUGGACUCUGUUCUUUAAAUUCUAUUUGGCAAAUCUGUUUUUAUGAGUCAUUACUGAGGUAUUUUUUCAGGGUUUCUUCAACUACAAACAAAAAAAACCCCACAAAGGCUAAGGCAUGACUGAUUUUUCAGAGUAGUGAUUUUGAUUAGCCAUGGUUUCUAAAAUGCUGCUACCCACUUGUGUAAAUAUACAUAUCCUUGCUGGUAGUGUGUACAUAUGUAGAAAAAUAACCUGUGCUAGUUAAAGUUACUGCUAUUUUAACCAAAUGUGUGGUUAUUUAACAUUAAAUUUGACAUCAAAAAAUGUUAUAUUAACAUUUCAUUUCUUUUGUUCUGUGUUGAAACCUUUUGUAGAUGAAUAAUCCAAAUUUAUAGCUUGUAGAUUUUCACAACCAGAAAUUCGUAGAGCUAUAAAAAGAAAUCCUAUUUCACUCAUACUUUUUACCCUUUGCAGCAAAAUUUUGAACAAGUAGAAUCUGUCGAUCGGUCCUCGUUAGUCAGCUGAAGCCUACGAUAAUACCUGGAUGUAUUUAUACCUCACUCCUCGUUUCUCUUUUGUUAUUUCCAGUUCCACCAUAUCGUACCACACUUGUAUUGUCAUAAUAUGUUUGUACAUACAUAUAUAAAUAUGUAUGUACCAUACUGAUAUUCACUAUACUGCACAGGACGCUCUGUAAGAAUGAAAAAUCUAUAAAAAAGGAAUGGUGUAAUUCUUGCCGGAACAGCUUUUGCUGUGAGCUGAGAAGUCUCUAAUGUUGUUGUAUUUCUGUAAUACAAGCAUCAUUAUUAAAGGAAUAGUUCACCCCAAAAUGAAAGUUUGGUUAUCUGCUCACUUGCACGUCAAUCAAGAAUUCACUAAUGUUUGUACAACCACGAAAUACCAAUAUAGCUUGUUAUUCUUCUUCUUUUGCCACCAAAGGGUGCGUUCAACAAGAGCAGCUUCAAAACAAUAUAAUAAAAGCUAAAUGUUCUACCUAAAAGCUCCAUUAAUCUGUUUUUACAGUGUUGCUCAUAGGGACGAGCCCACAGAGAGAGUGUUUAGUGUUCAGAGAGUGUUUUAGCUUCUUUCAGUUCAUUGUUUUGGUUUUACAUCCUGCAAUCUUACUGUCUUGGUUCAUUCUUUCCACUGUCAUCAACCAAAAAGCAGACAAGGAAAAUUAACUGUUACCUGGUGAGCAUAGUGGCACAGGAAUCAGUUAAAGAGACAGAUGUUUCCCACUGGAGCCUUGGGGAAGUAAAUAUUGGACCUACAACUGUCAGUUGGACACAAACAUUACUCUGACUAACUGUUUAUGUUGUCUGUGUCCACAGGAUGUGUAAAUAAGCAACUGUUUGGUAACAAGUUUACCAUAUCAUCUGUUUACAGUUUGUUUUGCCAUCCCCAAGUGACCAAAAAAAAAAAUCAGUUAAUCAGUUUAAAAGAUCUACAGCGUUGGUAUAACAUCUUUCUUACCUAAUACAUAUUUUUAAAAAAUCAGUCUGACAGGGAAAUAUGAGGCAAAAAAUGUUGUGAAUGUGGUCUCUCAGACUUCAUCAGAAACUUGAGCAGUGAGCAGUAGAUAACUUCAUGUCUUUAUGCUGUGGUAAACUAUUCCUUUAAGACUGGUGGGGUGUUUUCCACACUGAAGUGUCCCUGUGCAGAAAACUCUGUGACUGCAUCUGGAAACAAUACAUGGCUUGAUGCCACCAACAACCAGAAUGUAAUGUUCACCUCAGAUUGACUUGCUUUAGUCAGGGGCUGUGAUCAGGCCAGACUUCAGACACUCAGUCACUUCUUGCCUUUGUGCUCACUUCAGAAUGUGUUUUGACCAUUUGGAUUGAUUCCUUCUCAUUACUGCAAUGAUGUUUUACUCCAGACUGACUUCUAGCCCUCCACACUAGUCUUUCUCCAUAGUUAAGGCAGCCAUUUCUAGCCCUGUCAGCCCUGAGUUUGUCUUGUUUUCAUCCUGACGAUGGCAGAUCAGGAUUAAAAACAGAGAUAAAAGGGAGACAAAUCCCAUAAUGUUGACCUUUAUCAGAUUCAUCUAGAGUUGAAACACAAAAAUAGUUAGCAGUAGUUAUGACUUUCAUGAUUGUUUUUUAAAGAAAACAUUCAUGGCCUCCAAAUUCAGAAAUGUGAAUAUUUGCGACUUUUCUCUUUUAUCACUAUAAUGCAAAUAUUUGGAGAUGUCAACUUGACCUCUGGGAAAUUUCAUACACUAAAUUAUUACCCGAUGAAUCAAAAAAUAAUUAACCCUCUUCAUGCACCUUCAUUGACUCUCUAGUUGAAGAAUAACAUUGCCACACCCAGUUUUAAAACCUGACACUGACAUUGUAUUUACCCAUACGCAGUAGACUGUUACGAAUUUUUAAUUGAACCUGUGUUCAGGUUCCCGCGUCAUACACACAGGUUUUUUUUUGUGUAUGUGUGUGAAAGGUGUGUGCUGAAUUCCUGCAGUCAUAUUACCUGGCCAAUGAUCCUACAAUGCAUUUUUUUUUUUUAAACAGGCCUCAUAGAAAAGUCCAAGAUAUCUCGACCUGUACAGGACACACCUACUCGCUGUACUGAAUGUCCCAGGGCCCACACUGCUCACAGCCUUACAGGUGCAGCACCAGUACAGCUCACUGAGACAUCAGACCCUCAGUCCUUCCUCCACCCCGAUUAAUAUCAUGUAGACACACCGCCAUCUCAUCAAGCUCAAAGAGAUCUGGGGAAAAUGUCAGACAGUGCAUUUACAUACACACUGGUAUCCUAGUUCUGGUUGUUUUUUCUGGAAUACCCUGGGACUACUGUGACCUGUAAACACACCACAUCCAGGUUUAUGAUCAUUUGCAAAUUGUUAUUUGAUACUGGUGAUCAGAUGGAGAAGUUCAGACAGCCAGAAACCAAACUGUGUUCAUCCUCAGUCUCAACCACACAUUCUUCUUCCUUGUCAAAAGCUGGUGCCUACAUUACCCACAAUGCAUCUCUCACUCCCUACAGUUCCUUUUGGGAUUUCUGGUUUGUUAAAGCUGGUAUUUGUAGAUCAGAGGCAAGAUGAAGCUCAAAUAUGGGGUACUAAGACACAUGUGCAUGUACUGUCUGACCUCUGUGCUUGGAUUUCUCCAUGAGCUCGAUGAAACAGAUGUCAGAGGUUUGGCCACAUUAACACGGCCGUCUACAUUCCUACCACCACUUCUCUGAUCUGUUGUUGACUUGUUGACUUUAUUAUUCUCGUCAUUCAUUUAAAAAAUGUGGUAAACACACAGACCCACCUUUCUACUUUACAGGACCACUGAGAGGUCCAGAGAAAACACCCCCCACCCCAAAAAAAAGCUUGAUGUCAAUGAUAAUAAUUGCAGUAUCCAUUGUGUCAUUGUCCAUAUCUUUAAAAUGCUGUAAUAUAAGCUCACUUCUUCCUUCACUGUCACCUUCUUCUUCAUCCCUCCUUGUUUCUCCUUUGUCCCACCCAUCAAACCUCAACUCACAAAGAUGCUGGUAGGUCACACACGAGCAUAAAAGACACUUGUGUAUUUGAAUUUAUUUUCUUUUGUUAUUUUGUACAGUUUAAAACAUCACACGUUUGGGGGCAAUGUUAGAUGAUGUUCCUGACAUAUGUAGCAACUUUGUGGCCGUCAGUCCAGCCGCACAUUAUUUCUUUCUAAAUCUUUAAGAAGUACAAGAUUAUCGAUUGUCUGUACAUCAUGAUUAUAACUGUUUGGCUGUGGUUUGUUGGUUUAUUUCAUGACAUUGUGAUUCCUAGUGACUAGGCCAUUAGUACACCACACUGGGGAGGCCUCCUCAACCAUACACACUACCUCUCCGUCUGCCUACACGGACUCAGACACUGAAAUGCAUGAACAUAAGCACUUAAUGUGCCAGGCUGCAGCAGAGCAGAUUGCAGAAAAAAAAAAUCUGGAUUCAAAUUCUCCACAACUCACUGAUGUUUGUAUCUUGAACCCAAAGUGACAAAUAAUUUGUGACGGUGCUUUUAGUUUGCCAAAGUAGCCUACGUUCAGGCUCGUGUGUUGAAUUGCUUCUGCAUUAUGCUAUGUUUUUACACCGUGGUUUUGAAGCAGCAGUAAUAUAGUGCUGUGUUUAAAAAGCUGUUCCACCGACGUCCCACUGAGAAGCCCGACACAUGCCUAAUAAUCAGGUGCCAAAAUUCAGCGCUGCUUGCCAUGUGAUUUCCACAUUGAUUUGAGUAAUCAAAGCAGGUGCUUGUGUGUUAUCAAAUGAAUAGUAUGGCCUGCAAAUGCCAUGGAAGGAGUGUUGUUCAGAUGGCCUCUUUAAGUGCAAGUCUGUUAUUGUUGUUAUUGAUAAUCACUUGAUUUGGGUUUAAUUUUGUAACAUGUGGAAAUAGUUCAAAACUGGAUUUUUUUUAUAUAUAUGUAUAUGAAUAUAAUGCUGUAAAGUGCAGUCAUGAAUUAAGAGAUUUCUC